AUGGCAUCAAACAUCUUAGUGAACAUCCAGGAGGAGGUGACCUGCCCCAUCUGCCUGGACCUCUUGAAAGAGCCCCUAAGCCUAGACUGUGGCCACAGCUUCUGCGGAGCCUGCAUCACUGCAAACAACAAGGAGUCCGCAGCAACCCAGGAAGAGAAGAGCAGCUGCCCUGUGUGCAGAAUCAGUUACGAGCCUGGGCACCUGCGGCCUAAUCGGCAUCUGGCCAACAUAGCAGAGCAGCUCAGAGGAGUCAAGAUGAGCACAGAGGAGGAGCAGAAGAAAGAGCUCUGUGUGCGUCAUGGGGAGAAACUCCUGCUCUUCUGUAAGCGGGGUGUGCAAGUCAUUUGCUGGCUUUGUGAGAGGUCUCAGGAGCACCGUGGUCACCAGACCUUCCUCAUUGAGGAGGUUGUCCAGGAGUACCAGAUAGGAGAGCAGGAAGCAGAGAAGCUCCAGGGUGCCCUUGAGCAGAUGAGGGAAAAGCUGCAGAAAGCUGGACAUUUGGAAGCUCAAGUCACAGAAAGGAGAAUUUCCUGGAAGAGUCAAAAACAAAGUGAGAGACAAGGUGCAGAACUGAGAGGUCUCCUGGACUCGGCGGAGCAGAAGGAGCUGCAAAAACUGAAUAAGGAGGAAGAAGUCAUUCUCCAUAAACUGGCAGAGGAUGAGAGUGAGCUCGUGCAGCAGAGCCAGUUGAUAGACGUUCUCAUCUCAGAUCUGCAGCAUCGAUUGGAAGUGUCAGACAUAGACAUGCUGCAGGUUGUGACUCACAUCAUACAAAGGUGUUGGAAUUUCACUCUGAAGGAGCCAAAAACUUUACCCCAACAACAAAGACGUGUGUUCCAAGCUCCGGAUCUGAGAGAGAUGCUGCGAGGGCUUACCGACCUGGCAAGUGUGCGAUGCUCCUGGGUUGAUGUCACCUUGAAUCUGACCAGCAAUGGACACAGUGUUGCGAUUUCUGCAAAUAAGAGAGAAGUGAAAUCUUUGUGGGACAAUAUUCCAGUUAAAAAAUAUCAUGCCUUUUGCUUUGGGGGCAUCUAA